AUUCCUACCAAUUAGCUGAUUCAUUUUGAUCAGUCAGGAAACUAAUUCAUUCCACAUUCAGUAACAACUCCUUGCAUUCACCCAAUUACCCAAUAUAUAUGCUGAAGAUGACAUGCAUUUGCUGGUUAACAUUUGGCACAAAUGUUGAUUUUUUUUCAGUUUCACAUUCAGUAUAUCAUUAAUUUUGUUGAUAAAAAUAAUCUCAGCUCCUGAAGUUCCAUUUCCACAAACAAGAGGUCAAUAUAGGGUUUGGCAAUAAUCUAACAACAACAUAUAUUGAGACAUGACAUUCAUUAAUAGCAAUGUAGCAGAGGUUUAAUAUAAAUAGAUAUUUAACAUACUGCUUUGAAUGUUUUACUUUAUAAAUGUGUAAAAUGUUUCAAUGUUUAUCUUUCUCCUGGGGCCAAACAUUUAAUUAUCUGCCAUUCAUCAUGAUCAUCAUAAAAUGUUUUGAAUCAUAAUAAUGUUUUUGGCCAUAUCCUCCAGCCAUAGGUCAAUAUUGGUGAGUAGAAGAACAUCUGCUAAAUCAAGAUGCUAUGAGUAAUAGUUCCAAAAGUGCUACUAAAUGUUUGCAAUCAACUCUUUUGGAUUGUGUUUGGCCCAGCAUAAAUGCUUAUGCACUGUUUUUGACAUUACAUUGUCUAAACAUAGUGCAAUCAGUGUCACUGGUUCAAUUACAUCUUUACUGUACUUCAUGUUCCCUGUCAUAGAUGAUGUCAAAUCAUUGCGAGCCGUUGUCAACCCUGAUGUGUCCAAGAUCCGGAACAUCGGCAUUAUGGCCCACAUCGAUGCAGGGAAGACAACAACCACAGAGAGAAUGCUUUAUUACUCUGGAUAUACACGGGCUCUAGGAGACGUAGACGAUGGAGACACUGUCACAGAUUUUAUGGCUCAAGAGAGGGAACGUGGCAUCACCAUACAGUCGGCAGCGGUCACGUUUGAUUGGAAGAGCCACAGAAUAAACCUUAUAGACACGCCAGGUCAUGUCGACUUCACUCUCGAGGUGGAGCGGGCGCUUCGUGUUCUAGAUGGGGCCGUUGCAGUAUUUGAUGCCUCUGCUGGUGUUGAGGCUCAGACUCUGACCGUGUGGAGACAGGCAGAGAAGCACCACAUUCCCUGUCUUUGUUUCCUGAAUAAGAUGGAUAAACCUGCAGCCAGCUUGAGUUUUUCUAUGGAGAGCAUUCGACAGAAGCUGAAAGCCAAUCCAGUCCUCCUGCAGAUUCCCGUAGGCCGUGGCAGGGACUUCACAGGUGUGGUUGACCUGAUAACCAGCCAGAAGCUAAUAUGGAAGCUAAGCUCUGCAGGAGGUGAUGGGCGGCUGUUUGAAAGUGCACCUCUUAACCAGUCGGAUGAGCCUGAUCUCCUGCAGGAAGUCAGUGAGGCAAGGACAGCUUUAAUUGAACAGGUUGCUGAUUUGGACGACGAGUUUGCGGAAUUGUUGUUGACUGAUUUUAGUGACAAUUUCGAUGCAGUUCCUUCUGUCAAACUACAAGAGGCUGUGCGUCGGGUGACUCUUGCCCGUAAAGGUGUCCCUGUGUUCUGUGGGAGUUCUUUGAAAAACAAAGGUGUUCAGCCUCUUUUAGAUGCUAUCAUCUCUUACCUGCCUGCACCUAAUGAACGACACCACGAUCUAGUGCGGUGGUACAAGGAUGACUUAUGUGCUCUGGCCUUCAAGGUUCUCCAUGACAAGCAGCGUGGUCCUCUGGUGUUUCUCAGGAUUUACUCUGGUACUCUGAAACCACAGACUGCCGUCCACAACAUCAACAGGAACAGCAUAGAGAGAAUGAGCAGGCUGCUGGUGCCGUUUGCUGAUCAGCAUGUAGAAAUCCCAUCGAUGGCUGCAGGAAACAUUGCACUGACUGUAGGACUGAAGCAGACAGUCACAGGGGACACCAUUGUCUCAUCCAAGGCUUCAGCUGCAGCUGCGGCUCGCCGAGCUCACACUGACAGUGGCGUGGGGAAGAAGCAUGGGGAACAUGCAACUGUGGUGCUUUCAGGAGUGGAGGUCCCUGAUCCUGUCUUCUUCUGCACUAUAGAACCUCCCACCAUGGCCAAACAGGCUGAUCUUGAGAACGCACUUAACUGCCUCCAGAGAGAAGAUCCCAGUCUUAAAGUGAGGGUUGACCCCGACUCUGGCCAGACCAUUUUGUGUGGGAUGGGAGAGCUGCACAUCGAGAUCAUUCAUGAUCGAAUCAGAAGAGAGUACGGCAUCGAGACUCACCUCGGACCACUGCAGGUGGCUUACAGGGAGACUGUUCUCCACAAGGCCACAGCUACAGAUACUCUGGACCGGACAUUUGGGGAGAGGAGACAUGUUGUGACAGUGGAGCUGGAGGUCAGACCUGUGGACAUGACGGCUGGUUUGUGCGACGUCGCUUUCACAGAAGAAGCUGGGGGACAACUAUCGCAAGAAAUGAAAGAGGCGGUGGAGAAUGGAAUGCACAGCUCAUACCUUCAGGGUCCACUGCUUGGAUAUCCCUUACAGGGUGUAACUACACUGAUCCAGAGUGUCCACAUGGAGCCAGGAACAUCUCCAGCCAUGGUGUCUGCCUGCGUGUCCCGCUGCAUGCUUAAGGCUCUGAGGUUAGCAGGAGGGCAGGUGCUGGAGCCAGUGAUGUCACUGGAGGUAACGGUUGGGGAGGGAUACCUCGGCUCUGUGCUGGGAGACUUGGCCCAGAGACGAGGUACCGUCAGAGACAUUCAGAGUCGCCAUGACGACAAGGUGCUGUUAGCAACUGUGCCCUUGGCAGAAAUGAUGGGCUACUCCACCGUCCUGCGAACACUGACAUCUGGAAACGCCACUUUCUCUCUGGAGCUGGACAUGUACGAGGCCAUGAAUGUCCAUGACCAGAACAUCCUGCUUAAAAGAAUGGCUGGCCUGUUGUGAUUCAUGGACAGUGCUGGAAUGGCACCGGCGGCCAUUUGAGACAAAGGGGCAUUGCUUCUACCCAAACAGACUUUACUUGGAUAGCAGACCUGACUGCAAGUGUAAUUCCACUAUAAUAUCCACAACUGGACAAAAUAUGCAGAUUGCUUCAUUCCCUGUAUUUCGUUUAAAUACAAAUAAAAGACUAGCGUUACAAA